AUGAAUUACGUCCUCAAAGACACUGUCGACAUCGGUGAUACCAAAACAAAAUCAGCUAGGAUUAACUUGCCAGAGAAGAAACUUGUUAUGGCAUAUAAAACAUCAACACCAGAAGAUUUGAAAGCUAAUUGUUAUUGGCUGUAUGAUGAUUUCUUUUGCCAUAUACUCGGAUACGAAAAUGGAUACGCACAUGUGCGAAUUGGUAAUGAAUCAUGCUAUAUUGAUCAAGAUUCUAUUCAAGAAAUUAUUUAUCUUGGAAAAACAAUACUAAACGCAGACUUAUUUUCUGAACCAAACACUACAUCGGCUACGUUUGCAUCGUUAAAUGAGAAUACAGACUUAUAUAUUAUUGAUUAUAAUAUUAAUGGAUAUAUUGAAGUAUAUUAUCAAGGAAAAACAGGAUUUAUUCUUCAAUCAUUAACAGACUUCGACUUCAAACCAUUCAAAGGAGAGAAUGAUGGAGAAAUUGUUGUAAAAUUAGCCAAAACUAAACUCGGCUGCAAGUAUGUUUGGGCUGCAACAGGUCCUAAUGAGUUUGAUUGCUCAGGUUUAAUGCAAUGGUGCUACAAUAAACUUGAUAUCUUUAUUCACAGAACUUCUGGUGCCCAAGGAACUCAUGGAACCAAAAUCACUGAUGAAAAGGAUCUUCUUCCUGGUGAUCUUGUCACUUUUGCUACAGAGUCACAACGUCCUGGUGUAAUUUCACAUGUAGGAAUGUUCAUUGGUGAUGGAAAGUUCCUUCACUGCUCUAGUGCACUUGGUGGUGCUGUUAUUACUGAAAUCAAAGAAUACGAUUGGCCAUUUAAGACAAUGACCAGAUAUUGGCAGCAUUAA